CCCGUGGGGGCCGCCGCGCGCGGUGGCGUCGGGCAGGGCGCGGGGUCGCAGGCCGGGGUCGCGGGGACCGCGCCGCCGCUCGACGUCACUUCCGACCGGAGCCAAGAUGGCGGCGGCGCGGCCGCGGGCGCCGGAGCGGGUGGAGCGGAGGCGGCGGCGGCUCUCGGCGCGCUGAGGUGCUGGCGCUGAGUGCUGCUGAGUCUGUGGCAGCCACCGAGACGCUGGAGGAGGUACCUGAGCAUGUGCUUCGAGGACUUCCGGAGGAAGUGAGGCUUUUACCAUCUGCUGUUGACAAGACCCGAAUUGGUGUCUGGGCCACUAAGCCAAUUUUAAAAGGCAAAAAGUUUGGGCCAUUUCUUGGUGAUAAGAAAAAAAGAUCUCAGGUUAAGAGCAAUGUGUACAUGUGGGAGGUGUAUUACCCGAAUUUGGGAUGGAUGUGCAUUGAUGCCACGGAUCCAGAGAAGGGGAACUGGCUGCGUUAUGUGAACUGGGCUUGCUCAGGAGAAGAGCAAAACUUAUUUCCACUGGAAAUCAACAGAGCAAUUUACUAUAAAACUUUAAAGCCAAUCGCGCCGGGCGAGGAGCUGCUGGUCUGGUACAAUGGGGAAGACAACCCAGAGAUAGCAGCUGCGAUUGAGGAAGAGCGAGCCAGCGCCCGGAGCAAGCGGAGCUCUCCGAAGAGCCGCAAAGGGAAGAAAAAAUCCCAGGAAAAUAAAAACAAAGGAAACAAAGCCCUAGACAUACAGCUGAACACAAGUGAGCCAGAUUGCACCUCUGCAAAUAUGAGAGAUUCUGAGGAAGGUCCUAAAGAAGAGGAAGAAAGGCCUUUGGCUUCAGUGCCUGAGCAGCCAGCUCUUAUCCAGGAGGUGAUCAGCCAGGAUGAAUGUCCGGAGCUGGUCAUCCCUCCCCCUGCCUGUGAGCCACAGCCAGAGCCGGAUGGGAAACAAGAAGCCACUGAUUGUGAGGUCAAUGAUCUGGAGGAAGAAGAAGAGGAGGAUGAGGAAGAAGAAGAUGAAGAUGAGUUGGAAGAAGAGGGGGAGGAAGAAGCUGACAUGCUGAAUGAAAGCUCUGUGAAAGAGCCAGAAAUACGGUGUGAUGAGAAGCCAGAAGAUUUAUUAGAAGAACCAAAAAGCCUUUCAAAAGACACUCCUGAAGACUCUGCCGAAGUGAUACCUUUUAUCAAAAUCCCCAGACCUAAAGAGGAGGCCAAUGGUGAUGUCUUUGAAACAUUUAUGUUUCCAUGUCAGCAUUGUGAAAGGAAGUUUACAACCAAGCAGGGACUCGAACGUCACAUGCAUAUCCACAUGUCCACAGUCAAUCAUGCUUUCAAGUGCAAGUAUUGCGGGAAAGCAUUUGGCACUCAGAUUAACAGGAGGCGGCAUGAGCGUCGCCAUGAAGCAGGGCUGAAGCGAAAACCCAGCCUGACAGUACAGCCAUCAGAGGAUCUAGCUGAUGGCAAGCCUUCUGGAGAAAAUGUUCCUCCUAAAGAUGAAUCGAAUCCUCCCCAGCUUGGGCAAGAUUCUCUGAUCUCGAACUUGGAGAAAGCUUCCCAAGAGAUAGUAAAUUCGUCUGUUGUAGAAGAGAAUGGGGAAGUUAAAGAACUUCAUCCAUGCAAAUACUGUAAAAAGGUUUUUGGAACUCAUACUAAUAUGAGACGGCAUCAACGCAGAGUUCACGAACGCCACCUGAUCCCCAAAGGUGUCCGGCGAAAAGGAGGCCUUCUUGAGGAGCCACAGCCACUGGCAGAGCAGGCCCCACCCUCCCAAAAUGUCUAUUUACCAAGCACAGAGCCAGAGGAGGAAGGAGAAGCUGAUGAUGUGUAUAUCAUGGACAUUUCUAGCAAUAUCUCUGAAAACUUAAAUUACUACAUUGAUGGUAAAAUCCAGACUAAUAACAGCACUAGCAAUUGUGAUGUGAUUGAGGUGGAGUCUAACUCAGCAGAUUUGUAUGGCAUAAAUUGUCUGCUCACUCCAGUUACAGUGGAAAUUACUCAAAAUAUAAAGACCACUCAGGUCCCUGUAACAGAUGAUCUUCCUAAGGAGCCUCCUAGUGGCACAAGCUGUGAGUCGAAGAAACGGAGGACUGCUAGUCCACCUGUGCUCCCCAAAAUUAAAGCUGAAAUGGAUUCUGACCCCACAGCCCCCUCAUCUUCUGUAAGUCUGCCUCUUAGCAUAUCAACAACAGAGGCUGUGUCUUUCCAUAAAGAGAAGAGUGUGUAUUUGUCAUCAAAGCUCAAACAGCUUCUUCAAACCCAGGACAAGCUAACUCCUCCUGCAGGGAUUUCAGCAACCGAGAUUCCUAAGCUAGGUCCCGUAUGCGUGUCCGCUCCUGCAUCCAUGUUACCAGUGACCUCCAGUAGGUUUAAGAGGCGGACCAGCUCUCCACCCAGUUCUCCACAGCACAGCCCUGCCCUUCGAGACUUUGGAAAGCCAAGUGAUGGGAAAGUGGCAUGGACGGACACAGUUCUGACUUCCAAGAAACCCAAGUUGGAAAGUCGUAGUGAUUCGCCUGCGUGGAGUUUGUCUGGGAGAGAUGAGAGAGAAAGUGGGAGCCCUCCUUGCUUUGAUGAAUAUAAAAUCUCAAAAGAAUGGGCAGCCCCUCCUACUUUUAGCAAUGUGUGCAACCAGCAGCCCCUGGAUUUAUCCAGUGGUGUCAAACAGAAGACUGAGGGCACAGGAAAGACUCCAGUCCAGUGGGAAUCUGUGUUAGAUCUCAGUGUACAUAAAAAACCUUGUAGUGACCUCGAGGGCAAGGAAUUCAAAGAAAAUCAUUCGGCACAGCCAACCUGUAGUGCUGUAAAGAAAAAGAAACCAACCACCUGCAUGCUACAGAAGGUUCUUCUCAAUGAAUAUAAUGGCAUUGAUUUACCUGUAGAAAAUACUCUUGAUGUGACCAGGAGUCCAAGUCCGUGUAAAUCCUUAGAUGCCCAGCCAGAUCCUGACCUUGGGCCUGACUCUAGUUUCUCUGCCCCUGCUGUUGAGUCCUCACCUGAAGUUUGUCCUUCAUCACCUGCCCUGCAGACAGCGUCCCUGUCUUCCAGACAGCUUCCUCCUCUCUUGGUUCCCACGGAUCCCUCUUCCCCUCCACCCUGUCCUCCUAUUUUAACUGUUGCCACUCCACCUCCUCCCCUCCUUCCCACUGUCUCUCUUCCUGCCCCCACUUCUGAUGCCUCUCCUCAACCAUGUCCCUCUCCAUUCUCGAAUGCCACUGCUCAGUCUCCACUUCCAAUUCUCUCUCCAACAGUGUCCCCUUCACCCUCUCCCAUUCCUCCCGUGGAGCCACUCCUGUCUGCUGCUUCACCUGGGCCUCCAACGCUUUCUUCCUCCUCUUCCUCCUCCUCCUCUUCUUCUUCUUCCUCUUCCUCUUCAUUCUCUUCAUCUUCCUCCUCCUCCCCUUCACCACCCCCUCUCUCGGUAGUGUCUUCUGUUGUUUCCUCUGGUGAUAACUUAGAGGCUUCUCUCCCCUCAAUAACUUUCAAACAGGAGGAGUUGGAGACUGAAGUUCUGAAACCCAGGGAAGAGUCCCAGGCUGAAGUGGAACAGGAUGUCGUUCAGGAAACAUUUAGCAAAAACUUUGUUUGCAAUGUCUGUGAAUCCCCUUUUCUUUCCAUUAAAGAUCUAACCAAACAUUUAUCCAUUCAUGCUGAAGAAUGGCCCUUCAAAUGUGAAUUUUGUGUACAGCUUUUUAAGGAUAAAACUGAUUUAUCAGAGCAUCGGUUUUUGCUUCAUGGAGUGGGGAACAUCUUUGUGUGUUCAGUAUGUAAAAAAGAAUUUGCUUUCUUGUGCAAUUUACAGCAACACCAGCGAGAUCUCCACCCAGAUGAGGUGUGCACACACCAUGAGUUUGAAAGUGGGACCCUAAGGCCCCAGAAUUUUACAGACCCCAGCAAGGCCCACAUGGAACAUAUGCAGGACUUGCCAGAAGACCCUUUGGAAACCUCUAAAGAAGAGGAGGAAUUGAACGAUUCCUCUGAAGAGCUUUACACAACCAUAAAAAUAAUGGCUUCUGGAAUAAAGACAAAGGAUCCAGAUGUUCGGUUGGGUCUCAAUCAGCAUUACCCAAGCUUUAAACCACCUCCAUUUCAAUACCAUCACCGAAACCCCAUGGGUAUUGGUGUUACAGCCACAAAUUUCACUACCCACAAUAUCCCACAGACUUUCACCACGGCCAUUCGUUGCACAAAAUGUGGAAAGGGUGUUGAUAACAUGCCUGAGUUACACAAGCAUAUCCUGGCCUGCGCUUCUGCAAGUGACAAGAAGAGGUACACCCCUAAGAAAAACCCGGUACCGUUGAAACAAACUGUGCAGCCCAAAAAUGGAGUGGUGGUUUUAGACAGUUCUGGGAAAAAUGCCUUUAGACGAAUGGGGCCGCCCAAAAGACUGGACUUUAGUGUGGAGCUCAGCAAAAUGGCACCAGGUAGGCUCAAAUUAAAUGCACUGAAGAAAAAAAAUCAGCUUGUACAGAAAGCAAUCCUUCAGAAGAACAAAUCUGCGAAGCAGAAGGCUGACUUGAAAAAUGCUUCUGAGUCGUCUUCUCACAUCUGCCCUUACUGUAACAGGGAGUUCACGUACAUUGGCAGCCUGAACAAACAUGCUGCUUUCAGCUGUCCCAAAAAACCCCUUUCUCCCUCCAAAAAAAAAGUUUAUCACUCAUCUAAGAAAGGUGGCCACCCAUCAUCUGCAAAUAGUGACAAAAACAAUAGCAGCAACCACCGCAGACGGACCGCAGACGCAGAGAUUAAGAUGCAGAACACACAGGCACCUUUGGGUAAGACCAGAGCCCGCAGCUCAGGCCCUGCACAAGUCCCACUGCCCUCCUCAUCCUUCAGGUCCAAGCAGAAUGUCAAAUUUGCAGCUUCGGUCAAGUCCAAAAAGCCAAGUUCCUCCUCUUUGAGGAACUCUAGUCCAAUAAGAAUGGCCAAACUUACUCAUGUUGAGGGCAAAAAACCCAAAGCUGUGGCCAAGAAUCAUUCUCCUCAGCUCUGCAACAAACCGUCCCGUACCCUGCAUGUGAGGGUGCAGAAAAGCAAAGCUGUUCUACAAAGCAAGUCUGCUCUGGCGAGUAAGAAAAGAACAGACCGGUUUAAUGUAAAAUCUAGAGAACGGAGUGGGGGCCCAGUCACCCGGAGCCUUCAGCUGGCUGCUGCUGCGGAUCUGAGUGAAAACAGGAGAGAGGACAGCAGUGCCAGGCAUGAGCUGAAGGACUUGAGCUACAGCCUCCGCCUGGCAUCCCGGUGCCCUCCACCUGCAGCUCCGUACAUCACCAGGCAGUGUAGGAAGGUCAAGGCCCCAGCCGCCACCCAGUUCCAGGGACCCUUCUUCAAAGAGUAGAUGCUUCGCCUGUUCCCUGACAGCACCUGAAGUGACCUGGAAUCAGUGAAGCCAAAGGGACCAGCAGUCUGCCCUGCAGGGGAUACCAACCUAUCCCAGUGGUGUGAGCCUUCGUGAGAAAGAGAGAGUGUGUGUGCAUGCGUGCGUGCGUGCGUGUGGUUGUGCUUGCAGAUACAUGCACGUGGUCUUCAAGCAGAGGUCCUGAACCCUGAGGAGCAGGAAGGUGGCUGACUCCCAUUGUCCUCUGGGCUGAUCCUUGGACGCGGUCUGGGCCCCUGCUCUGCAGCCCAGCCUUCCUGUCAGGGUGGGGCCUCACCUACUAUGCAAUUUUUCAAAAGCUCCUUGACCUGCUCUUUUGCUUCUUGAACUGUCUUUUGCCAUUGCUGGGACUUUGGCCUGGCCCAGGGGGGUUGGCCCCAGGGGUCAGCCUUAGCCUGGCUGGAGGAAGGCCUUCAAGAGGCCAAGUUCCUCUUCAAUACCAUUCCCACCUCCACUGUCCCUCUCUCCCAGUGUCUCUGGGAAUCAAUAGCAUAUAGACCCACUGGGGCUGAGCCUGAAUCCUUGGCCCUGGCACUUAGAAAACUCCCUUUCUUACUCAAGCAACCCGAGCUGCCAGCUUUUGGGUCAUUUCCACAUUGACAAUUCUAGUUGGUCCAUUGCUCUUGAGUCUGAGCAGAGAAGCCGCAAAGCGGGUGCACACAGGAGAAAGAUGUCAUCCCCACUCAGAUCUGCUUCCUCUCCGGGAACAAGCAGUGAAUGGGGUCCUAUGUGGGGAAGGGGGCUCUUCUUUCCCUUGCUUGGUGGGACCAGCUACACCUUUAGUAUCUGAACUUCUCAAAUUAGCUGCAAAUGGAAACAAAAAUAAAAGGGAAAACCGAAAAUAAAAUAAGGUUUAAAAAGCACAGGGUGAAGAAAGAGAGACUUCCAGAGGCCAUGAACUGCCUGCCAUCAGGGGAUGACAGGACUGAACCCUGCUCUCUGGCCAAUAGUCCGUGGCUCAGAGAAACAGGUGACUGAGCUUGGAGUUUGGACCUGGGUCAGUGAGGUUCUUGGGUUUUGUGCCUUUGGGGCGAACCCCAGGCAAGGAUACCUGAGACCACUUGGUGCUGUCUUCUCAGCUCUGUGUCAGUUGUGACAUGUCACAUCCAAAGUGGAAGGACAGACGAUGGAACGUGGGAGAGUUGUCACGCAUAACACGCAUAAAGGGAUUUCUCUUUCAGGGCGACUACGGUUGAACUUGCAACUCUGUAAAUAUGUAUGUAGACACUUUUAAAGCACGUAUUUAUGUUCCGUACUGUAAAUGCCCCAUUUUUAAAGUUUUAUAAUGUGUGUUAUUUAAUUAAUCAGUCAGCUGGCUGCAGGAUGGGGGAGAAGAGUUGUGUGAGAUCCUCACAUGGGCAGAAAAAUGUUGAUCAUUGACCGACGUCAUGGUUUUCCUACUUCUCACCCAGCUAAAAUCCAUUGUUUGUUUUUAAUUCUCAUGAACUGGAAUCGUGCACACCCUACAACCCUCACAAGCAUGAAAGAUCAUGGCUGUUCCUUACCCUAAUUUUUGUUUCAUAACGGUUCACAAUCACAAACUGUACCCCAGCCUCUCAGCUCAGGGGUUUCCCCUUCCAGCAGGGAGGAUCACUCACAAACCCAAAGCCUUGGAAGUCACCUUCAGCCAAUGGAAGAACCAUGGGCCCCACUGCUGGGCUUUGCGGGGCUUGCUGUCUUUGCAUGUGCACACAUGCUGGUCACCUUUCUGCACUCCUGGACUGUCAGGAAAACUGAUCCACUACUGCAGGGGAGGAAGAGGUUUUGCAGAGAGGUGCUUCCCACUCAGCACAGGUCCUCCAGCAUGGGUCUGGGUCACAGGAGAUGAGGUUCUGGAUCGCCCAUGUGAAGGAAGCAGACAAUAAAAGUGUGGAGAACCAUUGUAAGAGCAGGUGUGGGUAUGACCAUUUUGGUUUCCUGGUUUUUUCUCCCGUGUGUGGUUCCUGAGCUGGUGGCAGGGGUGGGACAGGCUUUGGGGAGGCCCAGUGUGGGGGAGAUUCUACCAGCAAGCCAGGCUUCUCUGCCUUCGGGUCACUUGCCCACUUGCCAGACCAUAAGGUAAGCCAUUUCACUAAGACUAGAAAGGUGACUGCAAAAGGUGUCUUCUUUAAGCAGCUUUAUGCAGGUCAAAUUCAUACACAGUUUACCACAUGAGUGUAGAAAGCAGAGUUUUUGGUAUCGCAGAGCUGUGUAGCCAUCACUCCCAUCAAUUAUAUUUAUUUUUAUUAAUUAUUUAUUAAUAUUAUUUUUUGGUGUUAGGAGGUUUGAACUCAGGACCUUGAACUUACUAGGCA